GGACGUGAUUGCAUGGAACGCGUUUCUCGCGGCAUAUGCCCAAAACGGGCACUGGAAGAGAGCAAAAGACGUGUUCGAUCGAAUGCCAGAACCCAACACCGUGUCCUGGGCGACAAUGCUGGGUGCAUCCAACACCCGCCUCGAUUUCACCCUCGAACUCCUCUGCAAGAUGGCGCUAGAUGGCGGCUCGGCAGCAGACGAAGCCUGUUUCGUGUGCAUGCUUGUCCGAUGCAACCACGCCGGGAGCCUGAAAACCGGCGUGCAAUGCUUCCUGUCGAUGCAGGGGGACUAUUUCGUAGCACCCACAAAGCAGCUCUACUGCUGCAUGACGGAUUUGCUCGGGAGGUGCGGGCAUUUGGGCGAUGCCCAAGAACUUCUCUCCACAAUGCCCUUUGUUCCCGAGGACGUGGAUUGGCAGUCACUGCUCGGGUCGUGCAAGAGUCACAAAAACGCAGUUAGAGGAAAGGUGGCGGCGAGGCGCGCACUAGACUUGGAUCCCGCGAGCUCGGCUCCUUACGUGCUCCUAGCCAAUGUUUGUACCAAUUAACCCAAGUAGCAGAAAUUUAGGGUUCUUCGCUGGAAUUAUUUAGGGUCCCCUUUGAUCGAUCCGGCGAUCGAUCGAUCGCGAUGGGCAAUGCGAAUGCGACGGGCGGGGGCGAGCCGAUGCAGAGCUCGCAACCGCGGAUCUCCGAGCAGGAAGGGAAGCUAGGGCACGCCGGGGGAUCGUCGGAGUAUCUCUCAGACAGUCCUGGAGAAUCGGUGCGAUGCCCGCUCAUGUUUGCUCCACAGGCACCCAUGGCUCCUAUAAGCAAACCAGAUGGAAUCGGUGUGUAUGAGCCGAAUCUCUACAAAGAACACGGUGGUGAGAAGGGAAUCCCGUGUAUGAUCGUGUGGAGCCUCGGAGGAAACAACGUUUCCAUCGAGGGCUCAUGGGACAACUGGAGCACCAGGCAGCCACUCCAGAGAUCUGGGAAGGAUUUCUCCAUCCUAAAGUUGCUCCCGGCGGGAGUUUACCAGUUUAAGUUCUUCGUGGAUGGCGAGUGGAGGCACGCUCCAGAUCUUUCCUGCUCCAAGGACGAAGCUGGGAACGUGAGCAAUCUCAUCGAAGUCCAGGAAUACGUUCCAGAAAACCUUGACAACGUCGUGAGCUUCGAGCCGCCAUUGUCUCCAGACUCGAGCUACACGAAUCCAUUCCCGGGCCCGGAAGAUUUUGCAAAGGAGCCACCGGCAGUUCCUCCGCAUCUUCACCUCACACUGCUCAACGUCCCCGCCUCGUCUGGAGACGCCCCGGCCUCCAUGCCGCGGCCGCAGCACGUAAUCCUCAACCAUCUCUACGUGGAGAAAGGGAGGAGCUCGCGAUCGGUGCUGGCGCUGGGCGCUACUCACAGGUUUAGAUCAAAGUACGUGACGGUGGUGGUGUACAGGCCUCUCCGAAAGUGAUCACAGCUUUUAAAAAGUGUUUCACUACGUAGAAAAAAAGAACUUUGGAGAACACCAAAGAAGUUUAGCGAAAA